ACCUGUAACCGGAAGUCACACCUGAGGUUGGCUUAGACCUUUGAGACGACGAAAUACCGUCCCUCAGGACAGAUCUUGGUAGCUGACCAUGGACGGGGGUAAGAAGGUUUGGGUGCCCCACCCGACUGAGGGGUUCAAACUGGGGCGUAUCGUGGACAUCGGGAGCGACAGUAUCGCCAUAGAACCAUUUGAUGCCCCCGGCACUACAAUAAAUGCUAUUUACGAUCGGACGUUUCCUGCCGAGGAAUAUGAUAACAAAGAUGUGGAUGACAACUGUGCUCUUAUGUACUUAAAUGAAGCCACUCUCCUGAACAACUUGAGAAUUCGAUACAUGAAAAACCAGAUCUAUACAUACACUGCCAACAUCCUGAUCGCCAUCAACCCGUACUAUGAGAUUCCUGACUUGUAUACCUCGGCGACCAUCAAAAAGUACAAAGGGAAGUCACUGGGGACACUUCCUCCUCAUGUUUACGCAAUAGCUGACAAGGCGUUCCGCGACAUGAAGGUGAAUAAGAUGAGUCAGUCCAUCAUUGUCUCGGGAGAGUCUGGGGCCGGGAAGACAGAGUCCACCAAGUACAUUCUGAAAUAUCUCACUGAGUCCUGGGGGGCUCACAUCAAUCAACUCGAACAGAGGAUACUCGAGUCUAACCCUUUGCUGGAGGCCUUUGGUAAUGCUAAGACUGUAAGAAACAACAACAGUAGUCGAUUCGGAAAAUUCAUCGAAAUUCAUUUUGACAACAAGGCCAUGAAACAACAAGUAUGUAUUGGUAACUUGGUAGCCGGAGGAUUUAUCUCCCAUUAUCUACUGGAGAAGUCGCGCGUGAUAAGUCAGAGUCGCGAGGAGCGGAAUUACCACAUCUUCUACCGACUCUGUGCCGGAGCUCCGGAGGAUCUACGCAAUCAACUAAAACUGGCCUCACCCGACCAAUUCCAUUAUUUAAACAGAGGUUGUACACAGUACUUCUGUACCCGGGAAAACGACAAGAAACUGGGGAAGGACCGAAAAAGUCAGAUGUACCUUAAGCAGGGCAGUCUCCACGACCCUGUCCUGGACGAUGUCCGAGAUUUCCAGGUGUGUGACAGCGCCAUGACUCACCUGGGGGUCUCUAACGAGGACAAACACUCUAUCUACACUCUAGUGGCCUCAGUCCUACACCUAGGGAACAUCAUGUUUGAGGAAAAUAUGGACGAUACUAAAGGUGGUUGUAAGGUGGGGUCAUCAUCAGAGACCUCUCUGUCCACGGCCUCCACACUGCUGGGUCUGAAUAAGGAGGAGCUACAAGAAAGUCUGACCACUAGGAUCAUGCAGACAGCCAGGGGCGGAUCUAAAGGCACAGCCAUUAAAGUUCCACUAAAGUCUGGGGAAGCUGCGAGUGCUCGAGAUGCCCUCGCUAAAUCCAUCUACAGUCGACUGUUUGAUUACAUUGUGGCCAGUGUCAACAAAGCUAUUCCAUUCUCAUCCACUGUUAGCUACAUAGGCCUGUUGGACAUUGCUGGGUUCGAGUAUUUCCAAGUAAACAGCUUUGAGCAGUUCUGUAUCAACUACUGUAAUGAAAAACUUCAGCAAUUCUUCAAUGAGAGGAUUCUUAAAGAGGAACAAGUUCUUUAUGAGAAGGAAGGUCUAAAUGUCAAGAAAAUCACAUGGACAGACAACCAGGACUGUAUAGACUUGAUAGAGACAAAGGCCAAUGGUAUUUUUGAUCUCCUUGAUGAGGAAAGUAAACUGCCAACCCCCAAACCAGAGCACUUCACAAUGGAGGUCCACAACCGCAACAAGUCCCACUUCAGACUCAGUUUGCCCAGGAAGUCCAAGUUAAAAAUCCACCGUGAUGUAAGAGAUGACGAGGGAUUCCUGAUCCGCCAUUUUGCUGGAGCUGUCUGUUAUCACACGAAUUUGUUCAUAGAGAAAAACAACGAUGCCCUUCACGCUUCACUGGAGUUCCUUAUACAGACGAGUUCUAAUAAGAUGUUGAAGACGAUGUUUGAGGGAAUCCAGGUCUCCUCUGGCAAACUCAACUUCAUCAGCGUGGGAAGCAAGUUCAGAUCUCAGCUACAAACCCUGAUGGAGAAACUCAAGAGUACGGGAACAAAUUUCAUCAGAUGUAUUAAACCCAAUGUAAAGAUGGUUGACCAUCUGUUUGAAGGAGGGCAGAUUUUAAGUCAGCUUGAAUGCUCAGGUAUGGGUUCAGUGUUGGAGCUGAUGCAGCAGGGGUUCCCCUCUCGUACACAGUUUGCUGAUCUCUACAAUAUGUACAAAAAGUACAUGCCUGCUGAUAUAGCUCGCCUGGACCCUAGACUUUUCUGUAAAGCCCUAUUUAAAGCUUUAGGAUUGAAUGAAAACGAAUUCAAAUUCGGUCUCACAAAAGUCUUUUUCCGACCUGGAAAAUUUGCUGAGUUUGACCAGAUUAUGAAGAGUGACCCAGAAAAUCUGGCCAUGUUAGUGAAAAAGGUCAAACGGUGGCUGCUGUGUUCUCGCUGGAAGAAAGCUCAGUGGUGUGCCCUAUCUGUCAUCAAAUUGAAGAACAAGAUUCUGUGGAGAAGAACUCAGAUCAUCACGUUACAGAAGUCAGUCAGAAUGUGGAGGGAUGUCAGGAGAUUCAGACCCAAGUAUGAGAUGAUAGUACAGGUUAGACAGUCCCAGGCUCAGCUCUCACAGAUGGAGGAGAUCAUCAGUCAACUAAAGAAGGAGAAAGAGAAGGCAACCAAGCAGGCCAAGGAAAUCGAAAAGGCCUUUCUGGACUUUGUCCAUAAAAUCAGGACAACCAACAUCACCCCUGAAGAGAUGCAGAGGACGAUGAACCACCUUCUGAGUCAGAUGGACCAGACGUUCCAAGAUCUGAGGAAGAAACUGGAGGACGAGAAGAUCAAGGCCGAACAGGAGAGACUCAGGAAAAUACAGGAGGAAAUGGAGAGAGAGAAGAAACGAAAGGAAGAAGAAGAAAGAAGGAAGAAACAGGAGGAAGAAGAAAGAAAGCUAAAAGCAGAAAUGGAGGCUAAACGUAAGAAGGAAGAAGAGGAAAGAAAGAAGAGAGAGGAAGAAGAAAAGAAACAGAAGGCCCUGAUGGCAGAACAGUUAGCAAAGGAGAGAGAAGAGAACAAGAGAAGACAGGAGAUCCUUGAGCAAGAGAGACGUGACAGAGAGCUGGCUCUACGUCUGGCGUCUGAGGAUCAGAACGAGGUGGAAGAUGUCGUGGUACCUCCUCUACAGAGCACUGAUGAUGGUAGAAAAUCCGAGGAAGUUCGGGCGUCACGAGCAGCAGCUCUUCAGAAGAAAUACGAUCUGUCCAAGUGGAAGUACGCAGAGCUCAGAGAUGCCAUCAACACAUCGUGUGACAUUGAGUUGUUAGAUGCCUGCAGGGAAGAGUUCCACAGGCGACUGAAAGUGUACCACUCCUGGAAACAAAAGAACAAGAAGAAAACAGGGGCUAAAGAGGACGAAAGGGCCCCAGAAAGUGUUCUCUCCAAUGCUGAUGAGCCACAGGUGGCACCACAACAAACCAAACCAGCUGUGGAGAACCAGCAGAGAUUUUUCCGUAUUCCGUUUGCACGCCCAGCCGAUGAAUUUCGUGACGACCCCACCCACAAGAAACAUGGUCAGUGGUACGCCCACUUUGAUGGUCAGUACAUUGCUCGCCAGAUGGAGCUUUACCCAGACAAACAACCACUCCUGCUAGUCGCUGGAGUUCAUGAUCUACAGAUGUGUGAGCUGAGUUUAGAGGAGACCGGACUUACUCGUAAAAAAGGAGCAGAAAUCCUCGGCAAGGACUUUGAAACCGAGUGGAACAAAAAUGGCGGUCGGGAUCUUCUGACCAAGAACGCUAACAAAGUCUCCUCUGCGUUUCUUAAAAAACGGCUAGGUGUUGUAAGACGGUGAACGAUAGGCUUAUAAUUACAACUGGGGACCAAUAGUUUUAGCUAGAAUAGAUUUUUAUUUAUUGAGUGGAAGUUUAUCUACACAACAAAGAAAUGUUUUCUUUUAAAGCUAUUUUUAUACAAGAGUAUUUAGUAGGAUGUUGAAAUGGAAACCUACACAGGGUUAUUUUCCCUCAGAUUUUGUAGUCAGUCUAAUUUUUGUGUGUUGAAAUUUUUCUUACAAAUUUUUGUCUUGUAAAAUUGUUUGCUUGUAUGUUGAGUAUUUGUAUGCAUUUAACAGUUGUUAAAAUGAAAUAUAUGUAAGCACCAUUAAAUUACUUACUUGUUGAAUAUUUCUCAUAAAGGUAUCAUAAUGGUAUAGUUUGUAUGUAUAUCGUGAGAAAGAAUACAAAGUAUAGAAUUCUACAAAUACAACUGAAAAGUUUUAUAUCUUCUAACAUAUGUAGUAGAGAAAAGUAUGAAAUGUGUAUAAUAUGUAUACACAUGUACAUGAUUUUGUGCACUUUAAAUUACAAUACUUGAAAUGGUGAAGGCAAAGUUGAGACUUAGAUUUGUAAUAUUUCAAUUGUUGUGAAAUGUACAUGUGGAUGGUUUCUUUUGGAUUGUUUGUAGUAGGUAAAAGAUCUAAUAAAUUCGUUAAAAAAACAUGAACAUGAAAAACAUUUCACAAAUGUACCCUUGAGUAUCAACUAAUUAUAUAUACAAAACUGUAUUGAACCACUCGAGUAUACAGAAAUAACAGAAAUCUGAAACCAGAGAAACAACACACUGAACAUAAAUAUACAGAUGAACUGAAAGAAAAAAAAAUUAGUGAAAAUACACAUUUAUUGUGAUAGAUUACUUGACAACUUAUGUAAUGUUGAAUAGCAGCUGGUCUGAAGUUGUGAUCUUUUUUAGUUUUUUUUGCACAAUAUUGUUUGCAUUUUUUUUAUUUAUGCAGGCUAGGUGGAUUUGAAUAUUUUUAGCUUUAUUUUCGGGAACAGCCUUUAUUUGGUAAAUGCUAUUUUGAAAACGGGUUAUUUUUUUCAUUACAGAAUUAAUAGAUCUUGUAUACAGAUAAUGAUAGAUGUAUGUACAUGUAUAUGGAGCCAUCUGAUAGGUUUAUAACUUUCUUUUAUUAAAAUAAGGCCACUUUGCCAUUAUAAAUUGUUUGCAAUUGCAGUCAUCAAAAUCUUAAUUUUGAAAAAAAAAAGAUUCUCCAAAUGAUAUAUACAUGAAGGAAGAGAACUUUAUUAUAAACAUUAAUGUUAAAUAAAAAAUUAGAUAUUGCUGGUGCUGAGAAAAUGUCUGAUAAACAUUUCAAAUAAAACAAUUUCAGAAAACGUUUAACAGAUAUUGUUACAGAAUAUACAACAUCUAGAUUAAGACAUGUUUCACUGUAAAUUAAAAUCUCCUAGAAAAAAGUAUUUACACAAUGUAUUACACAAUUUGAACAUUUAUAAGUGACAUUUGUUUCCUAUGACCAGCUUGGCCUGGUUAUGAUGUUGUGAGUGAUUGUAAUACAAGCACAGCUCUGGUGCUUCUCAUUCAUCAAAGAUUACUGUGAUGGAUUCGCCUGAAUUUAUAUGUUGUCUAUUUUCAUGUAAAAGAAACUUGGGCCAAUAAAUGUGUGCAUCU